UCAGAAGCAUCUUUGGGGGCAAAAGAGAAAGAAAGAAGAAGAAAUCGCGAUUCUAAAAGCUCCAUUGUCGACGAACAAGCUAUCCUUCACAAACCCUAAAAACACUUGCUUCUCCAAUCAAAUUCACGCGGGAAAAUCGAAGUCCAAUAGCUUAGCCUACCCGGGGUUCUAUAGUUUAGCUGAUUAGGGGUUUUCUAUACCUGGGCUCUAGCGGGGAGGUUGCGAUUCGUGAGAUCUAAUCUGCCUUGUGAAACGCAUUCCAAUUCUCAACCCUCAUGAGCUUCUGUUUUAGGGAUUACUUUGGUUUGAUCAUGGUAUAGCUGUGCAAUCAAGAUAUGGAAUCAGAGAGUGCCAAGUUUGGAGGUCCAAGAGAAUUGGGUGGUGCACGUGAUCUUAUAACUCAGUACAAGCUGUUGCCACACCAUGAGUUCUUUUGCAAGAGAUCACUUCCUGAGUCGCUUUCAGAUGCUCAUUACCUUCACAAUGUGGUGGGCGACACAGAUAUUAGAAAGGGAGAAGGAAUGCAGCUGGAUCAGCUUAUUCCAAAUGCGUCUCAUAACCGAGAUACAAAUGCUCGCAUCCAACCUUUUGUUCUAGAUGAACUUAAGGAGGCUUUUGAGCUUAAUGAUACAUCUCCUGUUGAAUUGCCUCCUGCAGAGAAGGGUGCUCUUACCAUUGCGUCAAAAUCAAAAAGCGAGUCAAAAGAUAGGGACAGGAAGCAUAAAAAACACAAGGAUAGGAAUAAGGAUAAAGAUAGGGAACAUAAGAAGCACAAACACAGGCAUAAAGAUAGGAGCAAAGAUAAGGAUAAAGACAAGGAUCGCGAAAGAAAGAAGGAAAAAAGUGGACACCAUGAUAAGAAAAGGAAGCACAAUGGGAAUGAAGAUCUUGAUGACGCUCAGCGGCACAAAAAGAGCAAGCAUAAGAGUUCCAAGGUUGAUGAGCGAUAGAGGUUGGAGGUUGGAGGUUGAAGCGGUGGAGAGACUUAAGUUUUUGUAUUACACAUCCAAGUAGGUGGAGGUUUAGAAACAACUACCGUACUCACUUUUGAAUACUUUGUUAGGCCAGUGUCCAUGUGUUCUCUUCUGUUCAUGUCAGUCCCGUCACUAGAUAACGAUGUCUUUAGUGACUGAUGUACUGAAUGCUGCUGAUCUGACAUUGGAACUCGAUUUUUUCAUUUUGUUAGAUAUAAAAAACAUCAAUCUAUA